GAUAGGUGGGUUGGGUUGAGCUGUUGUGAUGCCCAAAAUGGUCAUAACUCGUGAGAUCUGUUGCACAACUCAUACCAACUCUUGACUCCAUUUCCAAUCCAUACGACUAUUAACUCUCUUAAAGACAUUACUUCUCAAUACAAACCAUACAAUCGAUACGACCGUCACUUUCAACACAUCCACACAUUUGGCGGCCAUUUAUUGACAGACAAUACACGUCUGUAUUGUGGAGUAAAACACGUUUUUGUAUUGAUUGGGUGUUGAGUGCAAAAAGCAGUGCACCUCAGCUCACAUCACAUCCCAAACCCAUCAACACAUCCAUCACUUAUGGAUCAAUGGCUUAUGGCCUCGGGAGCGGUGGUGGCCGUGAGCGCCACCGGACUCCUGUCCAUCCUAUUGAUCCCAAUCAUACAACGCGACCAUCACUCAGAUGUCAUCCAAUUACUGGUCGGUCUGGCCAUCGGAACCCUCACAGGCGAUGCACUUCUUCAUCUUCUUCCACACGCAUUCUCAUCCCAUUUGCACAACAAUGACAAACACCACCACAACGACAGUCACAGUCACCACAACUCAACUCAUGAGGACACUGAAGAUCAUCCGACGGGACAUCACUCGGAGUUGGUUUGGUUUGGAUUAAUGGCUUUAUUGGCUAUCAUUGCGUUCUUAGCGUUUGAAAGAGUGGUCACUAUUGUUACAGAUCUCUGUAACAAAUCUCACAAGAAAUCGAAAAUAGACAACUGUAACCGUGCGGUCGGAGAGAAGGUUCCCAACCAUAACAUGUCAUCGGAACCGACCUCUCCUUCAGAAUUGGAGAAAUUGAAUCUCAAUAACGAGUCGAAAGUGAAUAACGAAGAGAAUCUCAAACCAAAGGAGUCGAUAGAAGGCGACUGUUUGAGCGGUACUACAAAUUCUGGUCAACACGACAUCCAAAUGACAGAGCAGUGUCACAGAGAGACGCGUGUGUAUCCACAUCCAGACCCCGACAGAGGGUUUGUCAUUGAAUUGACAGAUCAUCAUCACCACCACCAGAGACAGACCCCUCGCAGCCAAUCAGUCAUUUAUACUGUUAUAACGGGUGACGGACUGCACAACUUGUGCGACGGUAUCGCCAUUGGAGUGGCUUUUGCUGGCAGUGGUGUCGGCGGAGGUUUGAGUACAACAAUAGCCGUUUUAUGCCAUGAGUUACCCCAUGAAGUCGGAGACUUUGCCGUUCUGUUGAGGGCCGGCCUAUCAGUGAAGAGAGCCAUUAUAUACAACAUUCUGUCGGCUGUUCUGUGUUUUGUGGGAAUGACUAUCGGAAUACUGUUCGGUCGGAUCAACGACGCGUGGCUCAGCGCCGCCAUCGCAGGCAUGUUUCUGUACAUCGCUUUAGUAGAUAUGAUCCCACAAUUGGACUGCUGUCCCACUCAGUCGGGAACCACACGAGCUUUUAAACUAACCGUUCAACUCAUUGGUAUCAGUAUAGGAGUGGCCAUAAUGUGUGUCAUUUCCAUAUAUGAGGAGAGCAUUAAAUUUGACUUUUAA